AUGGCUAUGGCCGGUAUGCAGGCCUCGGUUCCCUUGACGAGCCUAGCAACUUCCAGCGAGGAAGGUGCCCGGAGCAAGGCAUCCGGAGCCCCGCCAGCCAUUCCGCCAGCCGCCCUGCCCGACGCUCCCACGGCACCGCCGCCUGCGCCGCCUGCGCCGCCUGCGCCGCCUGUGCCUGCGCCGCCUGUGCCUGCGCAGCCGACACAGGUGAAGAAUCCGCCGCGGACUGCAGGAGUCACGGUGAUCAUGACCAUGACGGCCGAGAACGACCAGGGCUACAUCGUGGAGAAAGACGAAGAGAUCAUCAACGAGAUGCUGGACACCGAUUGGUCGCACUUUCUUCGACUGGUCGGCCCAGAUCCGGAGGCUUCGAUGGGACGAGGUUCAGCCGUCGCUAUUGGUGUCCAAGAGGUUGCCGAAAAGAUCAGCGAGGCGCAGGCUCUCUUUGUAGUGCCGCAAGUCGGCAAGACGGGUGAGGAACUUGCUGUGUCCGCAGCCAUGGGUGGUGGAAGAAGUUACAUCCUCUCCACCAUCCAUGAGUUGUACCAGGAGGUCAGCAAGUGGCGUUGUGCCGCCAUCCUGAAGGGUGCGGCGCCUCUCUCCUCCUCCAGGAAACGCGCAAGGAAAGAUGAGCCCAAGGAAGCCACCGAGAAGGAUCACCAAGUGAAGGAGAUGCAGCUGCUUCCCAAAGCAAUCAUCUACCUCGGAUCCGAAGAAGGCUUGAAGGAUGAGAACGCCAUUCCGCAGUUCACCAAACAAGUGGGCAGGUUUCUCCUGACCCUUGGUGCUGAAGUGGUUUUCAAGACGCUGACGGAUGCCUUCAGUAAGUUGGAAGGCCGUGUUGCCUAUAGAAAGUCCCUGGUCUACAUGGCGCACGAACUCUUCACCAAGCGAAAAAGACACAUCACCUUUGAGGAUAAGAAGCAAUGCGUGGAAAAGUUCCUGCUUCCCAUUGGCCCCGACAUUCGAGCAAUGAGGGCCAAAGAACGGGAGGCCUACUGCCUUCUGGUCGGCUUCUGGGGAAAACAUCAGGUGGUAUCUCCAACAGACUUGAAGCGUAUCAAAGAUGCCUGGGACGUGGAUGAAGAGGGCGACUUUGAUGAGUUCGAAGAGGAUCUGUGA